CGCUGCAGCUGCAGUAAAGUUGUGCUCCGUUUGCAUUUGCAUGCAGAAAUCGGUGAAUUGCGCAUUUUCCCGGUGGUACAAUACCAGAGAAUACACUGCACGUGUCAGUUCUGAAAGACCGUUCAAUAUAACGCAAGUAAUUACUGGCCGUUCCUCAGCUGGUCAUUGCGCAGCAGACAAAGACAGAUUAUUGCUGUUGCGGAAACAUGGCCUCGCCUUCUCUGGGUAGACGACUGGUGGCUUGUCUUCUCAACGUUUCUGAGGCUCGCAGGAAAGACCUGGUGGAGACUGUGGCCAAGGCCGCCUUAUACGACACUGAAGGAGCAAGACGGGAGGGGACGGCAGUGCUGAACAUCUUUAAUGACCACGACUACAACCGCUCUGUCCUCACCAUCGUGGCCAGUAUCGACUUUAUUGGGGAGGCGGUUCUGUCUGCAUGUGAGAAGGCCUGUGGGCUGAUAGACAUGCGUGCUCACAUGGGGGUCCACCCAUGUAUGGGUGCUGUGGACCUCAUACCCAUCUACCCCCUGGGGGAGGAGGUGGGAGUGGAGGACUGUGCUAAAGCGGCUCGGGCUGUGGCUCAGGGACUCACAGAGCGGGUCCAGGGCACCAGCGCCUUCCUGUUUGGCUGGGCAGACUCCCCCCUUCAGCGGGGGCUGGCUCAGAGGAGGAAGGAGAUGGGCUGGUUUCAGAAGACGCCAGACUUGCAGGCGAUCAGGCCCGACAUGGGGCCGCAGCCACAGAAACGAUUCGGCCUCACAGGUGUUGGGGCCAGUCCGUACGUCAUGAACUGCAACGUCACUAUCGACACGCAGGACAUCGGCAUGGGGCGCGGCAUCGCCACAGCCAUCAGAGAGUCGACCCCGGGGGGCUUGCCUGGGGUGCAGGUGCUGGCUUUGCCACAUGAGGGCGCUGUGGAAAUCGCCUGUAAUGUGGAAAGCGUGAAGGGUAGUCAUGUGACUGCAGGUGAACCGUGGCCGUCUUUCAGCUUCGGCGGUCAGCCUUACUGUCAUGCUCCAGCAUCCCUCAUCACGGCGAGGGUCACAGAGCUCGCAGGGAGGCAGGGGGUACACACGAAGGGCACUGCAUUAGUGGGGUUCACCCCCCGUGAGUGCAGGGGCCUGGCAGAGUUCGCACUGACUCAGGGGAUUGCAGAGUUCUGGAGAGAGCAGCGCAGGAUCCGUAUGUGAAAAUGAAUCAUCGCCAAAACCAGUUAAACCUCAAGCAAAAGUGCAUCAUCUCUGUCUGCUGUCACUUUAAAUAUCAUGAGAACUGACCAUUUGCUACGCCCUGCCCCCCCUCUGUUACCACUGCUGCCCUGGCCAGCUUUCCAUCCCAAUGCUGCACAUGUGCAGUACGUUGUACCGGACACUGCAGUGCAGUGGCAGGUUCAACACACAACACUGCUGCUAGCUGAUUUUAUUUGCUGCGGUUAGCUAGAGUUAGCUGAUUAACCACGCUAACUGCUAUGUUGGUAGCAACUUUGUCUUUAGCUGACUUGUUGUAAAAGGAUAAAUAUGCACAUGAGGGUUAUGCAUCAUGUAAUGCUAAAAGACUGAGGCUAAAGCUUUAUGUCUUACAUGAAAUUUAGCAUGCUGUCCAUUUAAUGAGCCAGAAGACACUGGAAUAAGGGGGUAGCAUUCCUGUGCUAUGAGUCUGCCGCCUGUUGGAAUUCAACAAUGAAUUAAAACUUGCUCAUUCUAACAUUGUCCUGUUCAGUUGUUUUACUGUAGAAAAACAUAGCUAAGCAAUAUGCAGGUCAGAUUCAUGCUACCUUAUGUUUCGCUAAUGUCACCUGCAAUCCCACAUAAACAUAAUACAGUCAGCUAAAGAUAUCUAAUGAUACCCUCUUUGGCUUUGGAAGUAAUGCAAGGUUACUAUUGCAGCUAGUUAGCCAGGGAUGCUAACGUUUGCAGCGUAUGUUGCAAAUGAACCCAUUUCGUACAAUUUAGUUCCUGUAUUUUAGCUUUAAAAAGGCAAAUAAUACCAUGCACGCUGUUUGAGCAUGGAAAAAAAUCCAAAGCUUGUUAGCAAACGGUCAGUUUAAAUGUUAAAAUGUGUAAUGCUCCUUUGAUUGUUUUCAGCACUGGGAACCAUUAACCCCGUUUAUUUAUAUUGUUCAGUGCAUUUAACUUAAUUUACUCGCUCAUUUAUAUUUUCUGACAUAUGAGCUUUCUACAUUUAAGUUUGCUGCAGGUUUUGAUGAGCAAUCAAUAAUAAUAAUAACUUUGUCACAAAAUGUGAAAAUAAAA